AACUCCUGAGGUGUGCGUACAGGUAUGCGUACUUUGCUCAAUAACACAUUCUGCGGUGUUGUAGGCCAAAUUGGUGAGUAAAACCGAAUUCCAAUGGCCAUCGCCCUACUUGCUGUUCUGAACACGCUUACAGUGCAACAAUGGCAGUGGAUCAUUUUAGCAAUGGCAAUGGCAAUUAUUGCACUUUUCAUUUCUCACUUUACCUUUGCAUUCUCUUUGCAUGGGAAUAAUGGCGAACCACCAGGAAGCAGGGGAUGCCCUUUCUUAGGAGAGACAUUUGCCUUCAUUGCUGCCAACAAAAGCUCCAAAGGAGUUUAUGAAUUCGUCCAUCAACGCCACCUCAGGUUUGGCAGAGCAUUCAAGACGAGAAUCUUUGGUAAAACCCAUGUGUUUAUGCCCGGACCAGAAGUGGCAAAGCUUGUUUUGAGUGGAGAAUUCUCAGAGUUUACCAAGAGUUAUAUUAAAUCUAUGCAUGAUGCUGUAGGACAGCAUAGUUUGCUGUGUGUCAAACAGCAAACUCAUGUCAAGUUGAGAAGGCUGCUGGGUGAACUGUUUACUGUAGAGGCUUUGGCCAAAUCCCUGCAGCACAUUGAUAACCUCAUUACUCAUUCUCUCACCCAGUGGAAAGAUUUGUCCUCCAUCCGAGUGAUUGGUUAUACUCUGGAUAUUACUUUCAAGAUAAUGUGUGGCAUGCUCUUGAGCGUGGAAGGAGAUGAAGAGAUUAAUAAAAUUAGAAAAGAUGUGGAUGAUGUAUCAGAUGCAAUGCUGUCCCUUCCCAUCAAACUUCCAGGCACUCGUUACUACAGAGGCAUCAAGGCAAGGAGGAGAUUUAUGAAGUUUCUGGAUGUGUUAAUAGAAAGGAGGAGAAAUAGAGAGGAACACCAUGAUGACUUUUUGCAGUCUAUGCUCUCAAGAGAUGAAAGGCUUACUGAUGUUGAGCUCAAGGAUAAUAUUCUCACUCUCAUUCUCGCUGGACAAACCACUACUGCCGCUGCCAUGAUGUGGGCAGUCAAAUAUAUUGAUCAAAACCCACAAGUUCAAUUCAAACUUAGAGCGGAACAGGAGAUAGUGAGGCAGAGAUACAGCGAUCAUCUGAAAUUGGAAGAUGUGAAUGGAAUGAUAUACACUUCAAAGGUUGUUAAGGAAGUGUUAAGGAUGGCAUCAAUUGUUUCAUGGAUGCCUCGACUUGCCCUCAACGAUUGCAAUGUUCUGGGCUUCCAGAUAAAGAAGGGGUGGGUUUUGAACAUCGAUGCUCGCUAUACGCAUUUUGAUCCCUCCAUUUUUAAGGAUCCCUUGGAAUUCAAUCCCUCCAGGUUCGAUGAAACUCCAAAACCCUAUACCUUCCUAGCAUUUGGCGGAGGUGUGAGGACGUGUGUGGGAAUCAAUCUUGCUAAGCUUAUAAUAACAGUUUUCCUCCAUCGCCUUGUCACUAGUUACAGGUGGAAAGUAGAGGAUGAGGAUAUGAGUUUAGAACCAUGGGCACAUUUUCCUAGGCUUCGAAAUGGGUGUCCCAUUACAGUUGAACCAGUUAAGUAAAAACACAAUCUAAGGAAGUUGGAUGGUCUUUAGUGAGUCUAUCAGAGAUCAAGUCUUGUUGAGUGCAAGGUUUUAACAUUAUAAGAAAUGUCAUUCCGAUCAUGUUCAGGUGAAUUUGGGAGAAUAGAUACUCCUCAGUCCUUGACUUUUAGCUAAAAAGUUUUCAAUCUACAUACUUGAGCUCCCUAUGGAAUAGCUAAAACAACUUUAUAGAUUAAAAAAAACAAAAAUUACAAAA